UUACCACCAACAGAUGGGCGCUCGGAGCUCAUCGACGAGGCCGACUUGCCCGCGGAGUUCGAGUGGGCGUCGUGGACUGGCGUGCUCGGACAGCCUGUGGCCGGAUUAUGGCACAAGUACGCCGAUCUAAGCGACAUCAACGCCACGGACGCUAAUUUCUAUUACGGAGUCAUCGUAGCUGGCGACGACUUUGGUCUGGUCAAGCUCUUCCGCUUCCCGUGUCCCAAGAGAGUGAGCCUGAGUCCCGUGACGCACGACAGCGACAGCGGAGAGGAGCUCCUGGACACGGAGGACGAGUACGAGGGCCUGCCUGAGCUCACGCUCGACCUGGAGGCUGAAAUCGUCGACCCUGGAAUGAAAUUACCUCCGAGACGCAUCGCCCCCUACAGUUCGAGGAGCGACCGCCGGCGGCUUCCGGCGGAGGUGCCUCCGACGAGCGCCUUCAGAAGCCGCGUGAACGCCUCGGACCCCGACACCGCCGUACCUGACACGCCCCCUCAUCACUACCUUAAAAUGAAACACGUCUUCGGGUACCGAGCCCACGGGUGCCGCGACAACGCCCACUGGCUGGGGGACGGCAGCCUCGUGUAUCACGUGGCAGGCGUAUGUGUGGUCCUCGAGCCUCAGGAGAACAAGCAGCGUCACUACCUUCACCACACCGACGACAUCCUCUGCCUGGUGGUGCAUCCUGACGGCAUCACUGUCGCCUCUGGUCAGAUGGGCAAGGCGGCGACGGUGCACGUGUGGAGCAGCAGCACCCUGAGGAUCUUAUCAUUCCUGGAGGGGGGGCACGUGAGGGGCGUCUCGUGCCUCGCAUUCUCCCGCGACGGCGACCGCCUCGCGUCCAUCGGCCUCGACGACUCCAACUCCAUGGUCAUCUGGGACUGGCAGAAGGGCGUCAAGCUCGCCAGCGCCAGGGCGCACUCUGACAAAGUGUUCGGCGUGCGGUUCAGCGCCAGCAACUCCCGCAAGCUGCUGACGUUUGGCGUGCGGCACUCGAAGACAUGGACGCAAGUGGGCGGCGGCCUCACGUGGCGGCAGGUCAAACUCGGCAUCAAACUGAGACAAGAAACGUGCCUGGCUUGUGGUGUGGUGUCACCAGAGUGCACCUCAGACGGGCAGGAGCUGUGGUUGCUGGGGCUCUCGUCCGGACACAUCAUCGCUGUUAAGAACGGCGAGGUCGACAAAAAAGUCAAGGCGCACAAGAAAGCUCUGCACACCAUCAUCGUGCACGGCGAGUUUGUCUGGAGCGGAGGUGACGAUGGGUUCGUCUGCCAGUACGAUCUGGAACUUCACCACUGCAUCAAAGUCUUCCCAAUCAACGAUCAAUUUUUGGACCCUGACGUGGCCAUAACUUUGACUUCGUCGCAACCGAGCGUGCGAAGUUUGUCGUUCCUGGCUGGCGGAGACCUGCCGCUGCUGGUGGGCACGCAGCAAGGCGAGCUCCUGCUCAUGCCUGUAGGAGGCGGCCAUGCAAACACCUCCAAGUUCAAGAUAAUUGUUCAGGGCCACUCUAAAGGGGAGGUGUGGGGCCUCGCCAUGCACCCCACCCUGAACGUGGCGGUGACGGUGAGCGACGAUCGCUCCCUCAGGAUCUGGGACCUGGACGCCUCCCUCGCUUUAGGUUCCUGCGCCCUCAGGAAGCCUGCGCGCGCCGUGCACUUCCACCCCUCGGCGGCCGUCCUCGCCGUCGGCUUCAUCGAUGGCAGCGUGGCGGUCCUGACAUACCCCGCCACCACACGCCUAGGCGGCACCCACCACCGCCGGGAGGCCAUCUCCGACCUAAAGUUCUCCCCCGACGGGCGGCUGCUGGCGGUGGCGUCCCAUGAGGGCGUCGUGGACUUGUACGUCGUAGACACCGACGGGAGCGCCAUGACCAGCGAGGGUGGUGGCCUGCGCAGAGUGGGGGUGUGUCGGGGGGCGGCGUCCUUCGUAACGCACCUCACCUGGCACUGAGGUUCAACGCUGCUAAAUAUGAGGGCAGGCGAUGGCGAGGAUCUGUUCUAUGAAGCUCCUGGAGGUCGGCAGCAGCUCAUACCAAACGCUGCGGCCAAGGAGCUGGCUUGGCAGAUGCCCCUGACGUGCCCCUUGGAUGUUUCCCUCGAGGGCAUCUGGGACAAGGGCAUGGACCUCACAGACGUCAACGCCGUCGCCACUGCUCACAAGUUGCCGCUCGUUGCCACGGCUACAGACAACUGCGGUCUGCUCAGACUCUUCGCGUAUCCCUGCUUUGGCUCCUUGAAAAAGUACCGCCACUAUGCGGGGCACUGCAGCCACGUCACCAAUGUGGGUUGGUCGCCGUCAGACGAGUUCCUCGUCAGCACGGGGGGCGCCGACACCGCCGUCAUCGUCUGGAGGGUCGUCGGUCACGCCGCUGAAGACGAGGACGACUUCGACGCGCACCUCCUGAAGGCUCCUCACUCGUCCCCUCAGCAAUUCGCAGCCCCGCCUACCGUGCCUCUCGACCUUCGCACUGAAGCAAUAUCACUGAAGGACCUCGACGUUCAGGGGCUGGAUGAAACUAUGGUGUUAACUCCCGGCAUACUCAAGCAACACACCUCUAUGUUCAACAAGAACUAUGAGGCGACUUCUGGAACAAAGCCUAAUAAAAACUUGCCCUCGCUACGCCCGGGUGAUGCCGGGGCCAUCAAACUCGUCUCUAACGCUGCUCUGCUCAAUGAUGACACCAUACUCUUCCUGGACAAUAAUAAGAUUCUCAAGAUGGACAUCUCGAAUGGACCCAUGCCCCCAAAAGUUCUGCACGCUCAGCACUCGACUGUGGUGACUGCGUUGGCGCGCUCGUACGGGGAACCAAUGAUGGUCGCGACGGCGUGUCAGGAAGGCAGCAUCGUGGACGAUCCCAAUGGCUUGCUGGAAGAUGAAGGGGCGAUGGUGCACGUAUGGCGCCCAUCAGACGGCUCCCUGGUCACGGUGCUGCAAGGGGACUCCAAGGAUCAGACUAUCACAUCUUUGUCAUUCUCGCCCAAAGGAAGGCAGCUGGCUUUUCUUGCCGAUGCUGCCACUAUUUACCUCUUCAAUUGGGUUAAAGGCAUAGAGUUGGCUCAGAAGCAGCUACGAGGCGAGUCAGUUCUAUUGUCGCUGGUGCACGUGAGCGAGACGACCAUCGCUGUUCUGACGCCUAAGUCGCUGCUGCUGUGCGACCUCGUGGGUAGCGCGCUCUUCGUCACCCCCGCCCGUGGCGCGUCCGCCUUCUUGCCGUCCAGAAAAGUCGUCUUCACAUCCCUCACUUCGCAGCCAAAUCGAGGCUUGAUGUACGUGGGCUGCAGCGACGGCAGCGUCAUAGAGAUGUUCGGGCGAGCUGCCAUACGCAGGGUAGUGCCACCAGCGCAGCUCGCUCAUCCUCCCCCUAAGGACGCCACCGACGUACUGGUCCACACAGUCGCAGGCAACGGCGUUGUCUUCUCCGUCUAUCGACUAGAAGCUGUGGUUCGAGUUCAAACCUACUCAACUGACGAAGAACACCUCAAGUUUUAUUCCGAAGUUUCGGUGAAAGUUCCAAGCGAAGAGUGGCGCCCUCUGUCGGUGCGUCUUGGCAAGACUAAACUCAUUAUGGGCGCUCGUCAGCACCAGCCUGUCAUCAUCCUCAACCUCACUACUUCUAAAUUUACUCUCUACAAGCCAUAUGGGGAGAAGAAUGCUCUAUAGAAAUAAUGAUGCAUUAUGUAAGAUAUUAAAUAAUUGUAAAUAGAGUAAGGGUAUCUUUUAUUAUUAUAAUGAAUUGCACAGUUAAAGACUGAAAUAAAAAACAAUUCUUGUUCUCUUGCCAAAUAGAUGCAAAGCAAGAUCCCUUUAUGUCGAACAGAAUAGCAGCAUGAGAUUUUGAGCUUUAAUUGCUCUAAGGCGGCAUGCAAGUAGCUGCUUCUCCUGAUUGCAAGCUUGAUUUCUUGUAGCUCAUGGAGUUGCUAUUUUGGGAUAAGAUAAGUAAGGCAUUGAGAUGUUCACCAUUUUUGAAACAUUAUCAUAGUAUUUAAAUUCAUUGUUUAAUUAUACAGGUCGCAAUUGAUUUGCUUUGUAAUUAUAUAAUCACUUAAGAGGUCGCAAAAUGAUUUAAUUCGUCAUUAUACAAUUAUUUGUAGGUUGGAAAUCAAAUUGAUUCGUGAUUAUAUAAUCACUUGAAAGUCACUAAAUGAGUUACUUCGUUAUCAUAUAAUCAUUUAAUAGACUGCAAAUAUAUUUACUUCGUGAUUAUAUAAUCACUUAAGAGAUCGCAAAAAUAUUCAGUUCAUAAUUAUAUAAUCACUUAAUUCGUCUCAAAUUAAUUUAUUCACGAUUACAUAACCAUUUAACAGGUCACAAAAAUAUAUACUUUGUAAUUAUAAAAUCAUUUGAUCGGUCGCAAAUAUAUUUGCUUUGUAAAUAUAUUAUCGCUUGAGAAGUCGCAGAUAUUGUUAGUUUGUUACUAUGUCAACAAAGAAAGUUGCACAGCGAUUGCCGCUAUAGCCGUUGAAUGUAAUUGAAUUGUUUCCAGUCAGUGGUUCGCUGAGGAACAAACUUGUAAAUAUUUGUUUGAGUUUAUGUUUAUAAUAAUAAUAUUUAUUAAUAUAAAUUUUUAAAAAUAUUUAUUCGCAGCCCGGCGCCCCAACAAUAUCUAGUUGGGGCGCGUCUGGGCCUGGAAUUUGUUUCUCGUGGGAGAAUAGUUCAGGAUGAUGGGAUAGUCAAGGUUAUAACGGCGGGAUCCAGGAUGACCGGGUUCGGGGUGGCGGGAUUUGGUAUGAUAGAAUAAGGAGUGUCGUGGUCGGUAUUACGGUUUCCAGGAUUACAGGACGGGAUAACGGGAUUCUCGAAUUGUCUUGAUUAUUUAACUUGGAACACUCGGACAAAUCUAAUAAAGUUGUGACUUAAGACAAAAUUUCGGAAUUACGAAUGUAAAGUAAUUUCUAUUCAAUUUGAUUGAAUCGUUUACCAUCAAUCGGUCGAGCAUGACCAGUGCGGUGAUAUGCUACUGACGGGAAUUCAUAUUUAAUGUAAUUGAAUCGUUAACAUUCACUCGGUCGAGAAUGUUGACAGUUUUCAGUGCGAUAUUGAUAGGAAUCCCUGUUAUAUAUCCGUUAUCAGGGAAUGAAUCUCCAAGAACUGGUGGUGCACGAUGUUCUGAAUACUGUCUUUGUAUUUAACUUAGGACCGUUCAGCUUUGAUGUGAACCUGAUCAAGUCUAUAUAGUAUAAUAUAUACGAAUAUAGUCAAUAGUCUCUAUGUACUAUAUUCAAAGUUGACUUGUAUAUUCCUUAUGCAAUAGGCUCCAGGUGAACACCGCGGCUCUCAAGCAUUAAUGAAGUAAGAUAUUCCUAUGAAAGUUAUCAGUUCGUGUGCAUAAACAUAAAUUCAAGCUCCUUAUAUUGUAAGACAGGGAAAGAAAGACAAAAUUAAAGAGAAACGAGCAGCACAUAGGAAAGAAUAAGCUAGUUGUUACAGGUAAACUUCAGAGUAAAGUCUUUGAUUUUUAUCUAAUCCUUUUUUAUAAUUUUAUCCAUAAACUCCUCAAUCACUUUUCGCUCCAAAUUACCGCCGGAACUAAAUCCAGCCGACAAACCCUCGCAAUAUGGACCUGAUCGCUUCCACUCCAGAUUACUCAAAAG